AUGGAAGUCAGCAACAUGACCACAGUCACUGUGUUUGUUCUUCUAGGACUGUCCAACAACCCUCAGGUUCAGGCGCUGCUCUUUGUUCUGUUCCUGGUGAUUUACCUCUUGACUCUACUGGGGAACCUGCUGAUGGUGCUGGUGAUCAGUACUGAUUCCCACCUCCACACCCCCAUGUACUUCUUCCUGGGACACCUCUCCUUCCUGGAUGCUUUCUAUUCCUCCAUUAUUGUGCCUAAACUGCUAGAGAACCUUCUUUCUAAGGGGAAGACAAUAUCCUUCCUUGAGUGUUUCACUCAGAUCUCCCUGGUCAUAUUUUCUGGAGCUACUGAGGCUUGCCUCCUCUCGGUCAUGGCCUAUGACCAGUUUCAGGCCGUGUGUCAUCCACUGUUGUAUGUGGUGAUUAUAAACAGGAGGGUGUGUGCUGGCCUGGUGGGGGCAUCCUGGGCCAUAGGAAUGGGGACUGGUCUAAUUAACACCCUCCUCCUGGCUCAGCAGCACUUCUGUGGCCCUAAUGUCAUCCGCAGUUUUGCCUGCGAGCUUCCUCCGGUGCUCUCAUUGACCUGUUCUGACCCCUGCGCUAGCAUCGCCUCCAUUCUCACCACCAUGUCAGUCCUGGGCCUUGGCACCCUUGUCCUUUUGCUAGGUUCGUACAGCUGUAUCAUCAUGACAGCCCUGAGGAUCAACUCUGCCACAGGUCGGAGCAAGAUCUUUUCCACCUGCUCUUCCCAUUUCCUUGUGGUCACCAUCUUUUAUACUUCAGGAGUUCUCAGGUAUAUGACUCCAGCAUCCGGCUCAGCCCUAGAGCAAGUGCUCUCCGUGCAGUACAGUGUGAUAACCCCCCUGCUGAACCCCCUCAUCUACAGUCUGAAGAACCGAGAGGUAAAGGUGGCUCUGAGGAGGAUGCUGGCCAGGAAGUCCAGGCUUCCCUUGUAGCCCAGCGCCCCUGCCUCAGCAGGAGGAAAAGUUAUGGGGAAAAAAGGAGGGAGGAAGAGCUAUCACCACUCAGCUAUCUCAACAUUCAUCUCUUUCCAAAACAGAGACCUUAGUUUCUCUUCCUCCAACGCCCUGCUCCCAGCCAAAGGCAAUGAGGAAACUGUCACAGAGCAGGUAGCACCCAUCAGAGGGGGCCCAGUCAUUAUACAAGAAAAUCCUCAGGGCAUCCCUGGCCAUUUCUAUAGCUAAUGCUUUUUCCUCUCAUUUCUUGCCUUUUUUAUCCCUCUUCUUCCUGCCUCUCCCUCUCCCUUUUACUUACGUCUAUGCACAAAAGGUAAAUCAACCUAUCAGAGCACUAGCAAAUGUCCUUCUGCAUUCUGGGAUAGUCCCAUCUUGGCACUGUGACCCAACUCCUCUUUUGUUCUCAUGCCAAAAAGUCCCUGGAAAGAUCUAUAUCCCAUAACAACUUAGAAAGAAAUCAAAUAGGCCGGGCGUGGUGGCUCACACCUGUAAUCCUAGCACUUUGGGAGGCCAAGGCGGGCGGAUCACGAGGUCAGGAGAUCAAGACAAUCCUGGCCAAUAUGAUGAAACCCUGUCUCUACUAAAAAUACAAAAAUUAGCCUGGUGUGGUGGUUCACACCUGUAGUCCCAGCUACUCGGGAGGCUGAAGCAGGAGAAUUGCUUGAACCUGGGAGGCGGAGGUUGCAGUGAGCACUCCAGCCUGGCGACAGAGCAAAACUCUGUCAAAAAAAAAAAAAAGAAAUAGAGUGUCUCCUCCUAUCUUCAUCCUUAACAAGUAGCAGCUAAAGUAGAGCCUAAGCCAGGUGUGGUGGCACAUCCCUGUAGUCCCAGCUACUCGAGAGGCUGAAGCAGGAGGAUCUCUUGAACUCAGGAGUUCAAGGCUGUAGUGUGCUGUGCUCACACCUGUGAAUAGCCACUGUCCUCUAGACUGGGCAACGUUGUGAGACCCCAUCUCUAAAUAAACAAAUAAAUAAAUAAGU